GCUGUCAUCCUCCCAAAUGACGGCGCCUACACCAAUUCACUGAGCUGAACGAGUUCUCGCCCCCCCGUCGUCGUCUCUUCUUCCAUCUCUCGCAUCGCAAGCGCCUCUUUCUUCUCUGAUUUGCCCCCAAAAUUCCCGGUCUCAAGCUUGGUGUUCUUCCUUUCCUUCGCAAUCUGCUGCGCUUACAUCAUCGCCGCCGCGGGUGCCGGUGGCGGAAGAGGCACGCCUCUUUCCGCCGAAGUCCUCCUCGCUGGGACUUUGGGAGGCGUCGCGCUUCUCGGCCCCUUCGCACUGGAAGAGACCGGCGUGGAGCGGCCGAGCGGGAGAGAACCAUAGUUCUUGUUUCUUCUUUUGUUUGUGGUUCGUCUUCAGGGCGCAAGGCCAAUCUCAGUUGAUAACACACAACUUGGUACUCCAGUCUCCACGUGCGGCUGCUGUUUAUUUUUCCGAAUUUCAGGGGGUUCGUCUGAGCCCUCGUGUUGCUAUGGUGGAUUCGAUAGGGUAUUGACUGAAGCUGAUCCGUAAUUGCACAUGGCACAACCACAGCAGCGGGUGUACCAAGCUUGGAAGGGGGAUAACAGGUUCUUCUUUGGUGGGCGGUUGAUAUUUGGACCUGAUGUUAAAUCCCUAGGUCUUUCUGUUGCCCUCAUUGUUGUCCCGGUUGCUUUCUUUUGUGUGUUUGUCGCACGGCAUCUCCGUCAUCAGUUCCGUGCAUAUGAUGCAGGAUAUGCAAUUCUUGUCGUAGCAAUAGUGUACACUAUCUAUGUGCUUUUGUUACUCUUCACAGCUGCUGCUCAGGAUCCUGGAAUUGUACCUCGUGCUUCACACCCACCAGAGGAGGAUACUCACUAUGAUAGUUUGUCUCUUACUGAUACACCUGGAAGACUACAAUUUCCUCGUGUAAAGGAAGUUAUAGUAAAUGGGAUGCCUGUGAAAGUAAAGUAUUGUGAAACUUGUAUGGUAUAUCGCCCUCCUCGGUGCUCACACUGUUCCAUUUGCAACAAUUGUGUGGAACGCUUUGAUCAUCACUGCCCAUGGGUUGGGCAAUGCAUUGGAAAACGCAAUUACCGUUAUUUUUUCCUGUUUGUUUCCUCUUCAAGUCUCCUCUGCAUUUAUGUGUUCGCUAUAUCAGCCUUGUACAUCAAGUUUCUCAUGGAUGGAGACUAUCCUACAGUGUGGAAGGCGUUGAAACACUCUCCUGCUUCUCUAGCACUAAUGAUAUACUGUUUUAUUGCUCUCUGGUUUGUUGGUGGACUCACAGGAUUUCAUACAUAUCUCAUCAGCACAAACCAGACCACAUAUGAAAAUUUUCGGUAUAGAUCAGAUGGCAGGCCUAAUGUCUAUGAUCGAGGAUGUCCGAGUAACUUUCAAGAAGUUGUCUUCGCCAAGAUACAACCUUCCAAACAUAAGUUCCGGGCAUACGUACAAGAGGAAGUACGAGCUCCACCAGCUAACAAUUCUGGAGAGAUGGAAGAGGAACAAGUUGGUGGUCCUCGGGCAAAAGUGGGAGAUGACCUUGAUAUUGAUGAUCUGUUUAAGAUUUCGCAAAGGCAUGACCAUGGGGACAAUGAUAUUGAAAUGGGAGGUGGAAACGCCAAUUAGAUGGAAUGGUCAGUUUCAGACUCCAAAGUUCAAAACAAUGCAGAUGCACACAGAUAUAUAGUUAGAAGCAACGCACAACGCUAGGAUUGGGCCAAAGAAGUGAAAUUUUGGGAUGUGCCACGAGUUAUUGCAACUAAUUAUUUUGAUCUCUGAAUCUUCAUUGCCAUCACAGAGAGAUGCUCACUGGCUGGUUUAUUGGCUCAUAAUGUCCAUUACUAAUCUGAUGAACUGAUGAUUCUGCAGCUGGAGAGGCUGGGCCAAUAUGCAUUCAAUGCUUGCUUGUUCGAUCACUUCAAGCAGGGACGGCCAGUUUCCAACGUUCUCAUGAAUGUAUGUUUCAGUCCAAAAUUAGGGCAACUGCUGUCUAGUCAGGUGUUAUCAGUAUAAUUCUUUUUGUAAAUCACUAGUGCAGGAUACUUAGGAUGCUACUCGUAGGUUCUCUUGUGCAUUUGACCCAGCGUUUGUGAUGAAUUCUUAACCUUGCAUCCUUCCUUCUGAGGAUGUUGUAUAUAUCCUGGUUGAGAAAACUCAAGAUGGUGUAGUGAAUCCAGAUUGCAUUACCGAUAGGUCGUCCAGUCAUUCAAUUUUCUACGGCAGAA